GGCCAGAACCGUGUUCCCCGCGCUACUCGGGCAGCACCGGGAUCGCGGCCUCCCCAAGGGUGCCCAGGAGGCCUGGGUCGGCCGCGGCGCGCGAGGAAACGGCGGCUUCUCCACACUGAGCCGGGAAAGCCUAUAGGCGACGAAGAACCCGGUAGCCUGGGCUUCCGCGCAGGUCCCACGCCACGCGACGGCCUGCCCCAGCCCUGCCUCCAGGCCGGCCAGCCGUGCCUCUCGGGGCGCCCGUGGUCACCAUGGCAACGCAGCGGACGUGGUCCAACGGCCAGCCUGGCGGCGGGGCUGGGCCGGGCGGGGGCGCGGGUCACGUGGCGGGGGCGGAGCCUGCGCGGGGUUGGGCGGAGCCUGCGCGGGGCCGGCAGGAUAGCGUCAGGAGCCGGUACCCAGGCCUGAGCCGCUGGGGCCGAGCGAAGACACCGCCGAGGCCGCAGUUCCCCCUUGGGCCUCCCCAGCAGCAGCCAUGGGCAGUGAGUAGCGGCGGCUGGAGCGGGGCUCUGGCCAGGAACGCAGGCCCUGCCUGGGCUGCGGGCGUCAAAUUUUUAGAAGUUAUCAAACCGUUCUGUGCAGUUCUACCAGAAAUUCAGAAACCGGAAAGGAAAAUCCAGUUUAGAGAGAAGGUUCUAUGGACUGCUAUAACGCUCUUCAUUUUCUUAGUAUGUUGUCAGAUCCCCCUGUUUGGAAUCAUGUCAUCAGAUUCUGCAGAUCCUUUCUACUGGAUGAGAGUUAUUCUGGCUUCCAAUAGAGGAACUUUAAUGGAAUUGGGUAUCUCCCCAAUUGUAACAUCUGGUUUGAUUAUGCAGUUGUUAGCUGGAGCCAAAAUCAUUGAAGUGGGAGAUACACCGAAAGAUAGAGCUUUAUUCAAUGGAGCCCAGAAACUGUUUGGUAUGAUCAUUACCAUCGGGCAAGCCAUUGUGUAUGUCAUGACGGGGAUGUACGGGGACCCUGCGGAAAUGGGUGCCGGGAUCUGUCUCCUUAUCAUUAUUCAGUUGUUUGUUGCUGGUUUGAUUGUGCUGCUGUUAGAUGAGCUGCUACAGAAGGGUUACGGCUUGGGGUCUGGGAUUUCCCUCUUUAUUGCCACCAACAUCUGUGAGACCAUUGUCUGGAAGGCCUUUAGUCCCACUACCAUUAACACUGGCAGAGGUACUGAGUUCGAGGGUGCAGUCAUAGCUCUGUUCCAUUUGUUGGCCACCAGGACAGACAAAGUCCGAGCUUUACGGGAGGCUUUUUAUCGGCAGAACUUACCCAAUCUCAUGAACCUCAUUGCUACAGUUUUUGUGUUUGCUGUUGUUAUAUAUUUCCAAGGAUUUCGCGUUGACUUGCCCAUUAAAUCGGCCCGCUACCGAGGACAGUACAGCAGCUACCCCAUCAAACUCUUCUACACGUCCAACAUCCCCAUCAUCCUCCAGUCGGCCUUGGUGUCAAACCUGUAUGUUAUUUCCCAGAUGCUGUCUGUUCGAUUUAGUGGCAACUUUUUAGUAAAUUUACUAGGACAGUGGGCCGAUGUCAGUGGGGGAGGACCCGCACGUUCUUACCCAGUUGGAGGCCUGUGUUACUAUCUUUCUCCUCCUGAGUCCAUGGGCGCCAUCUUUGAGGAUCCCGUCCAUGUUGUUGUUUAUAUCAUCUUCAUGUUGGGAUCAUGCGCAUUCUUCUCUAAGACAUGGAUUGAAGUGUCUGGCUCCUCAGCCAAAGAUGUAGCUAAACAGCUGAAAGAACAGCAGAUGGUAAUGAGGGGUCACCGAGAUACCUCUAUGGUUCAUGAGCUUAAUAGGUACAUCCCCACCGCGGCUGCGUUUGGCGGUUUGUGCAUCGGCGCCCUGUCGGUGCUGGCCGACUUCCUGGGGGCCAUUGGGUCCGGCACUGGAAUCCUGCUGGCAGUCACUAUUAUUUAUCAGUAUUUUGAAAUCUUUGUGAAAGAACAGGCCGAAGUUGGUGGCAUGGGUGCUUUGUUUUUCUGAAUGUUCAAAGACUUCAUUCUGUGCGCGUGAAAGGGAGAACAUCUGGACGGAUCGCUUUUGUCACAUGACACUGGUGAUUCCCCUUUUCUCCCCUCAGUUUCUUGUUUCAGUGCUGACUGACCCGUCUCUGAAAUGGGCACCGAGCUAAGUCUGUGUGCAGCAUUAGUACCCGCUGCCUUAAAAAUCAAGUUUACAUUAUUCAUUAAAAAACGUACAUCUAGUGUUGCCUGUAAUGCUGGAAACCAAUGUAUCUACCUUGCUGUGUUAAAUCAUGACAGUGAGAUGGUGACAUGGAUUCGUUUUGCACAUAACAUUCAAAACACUUAAUAUUGCCCCCACUUGUUUAAAAAUAAAUGUAGUUCAAAUUGCCACUUUCCAGUAUUUUUGAGCUUAUUUAAUGAGUUCUGGAACAUUUAUAUCUAAUCUAUAUUUUAGAUAAUUACUUUUUAUACUUUUUUAACUCAUGGUAUCCCUACUCCCCACCCCACCUCACCUCAUUUUUAUUUGUCCCUUCUCAAAGCAGCCACUUAGCCCACAUGGGCAAAAUCACGUCUCCAGUUAUUUCUGUCACUAGAAACAAAUGCUUCUAAGGCCUCCUCCGCCUCUCCUGCCUCCCUAGUGACAGCACCAUCGUGCUGUUGGCCUGUACUGGCUAUGCCUUCUAACUCCAACCAGUCACUUGAGAAUACUCUUUCAAGAUUCUAGGCCCUGAUUCUUUUCCGUUUAAAUCCCUAAAGCAAAGAUCUAAUUCUCAAGCAAUGUCUGUAGUUAGUGGGGGUGAACAAUGAGUAAUUCAUGCUAGGAAUUUGUGUCUGUUGUUGUACUCACAGCAGCAACAUGAGUGUAAACAGUAGACAAUAAAUUUUAUUUAAGAAAACGGAUUCAGUUGUGUUGGAAAAAAAAUAAAUCUGAUAUUAAA